AUGGCGGAUGAUGGCGCCAGCAAAAAGGUGUCAAAACGUGGCAAGAAGAGGGGCAACAAGUUACAGAUACCAUGGCUGUACGACUUGGUUUUGUGGUCAAUGUCGGUCUUGGUAGACCUCUUCUUCCGUGAGGUAUACCCUCGAGGGGCUUGGAAAGUCCCGAGAACAGGUCCUGUCAUCCUCGUCGCGGCGCCCCACGCAAAUCAGUUCGUUGAUUCCUUGAUCCUCAUGAGAAUCCUGAAAAGUGAAGCGAAGAGGCGCAUCUCGUACUUGAUCGCAGAGAAAUCUACCAAGCGGAAGUUCAUUGGAACUUUGUCUGGCGCUAUCGGGGCAAUACCUGUGGGAAGGGCUCUGGACAAAGUCAAGCCAGCAGAGGGAAAGAUCUUUCUUCCUGAUCAAGACAAUGACCCCACACUCCUCCAAGGGGUUGGUACUGACUUCAAGAACGGUCAGUUUGAGAUCGGUGGACUGAUCGUAUUACCCAAAGUCAGAGGCCAAUCACCAAGCACUGAAAUCGCUGAAAUUAUAUCGUCCACUGAGCUGAGGCUCAAGAAACCGUUCAAAACGCCGGAAGCCUUGGAAGCUCUGACUUCGAAUGGCUUGGAGAGUGGUAAAACAACGCCCGGCGGAAGCAAUGCUCAAAAGGUCGAGUCUCGUGGUUGCAAGUUUAGUGUGGCUCCCUUUGUGGACCAGACGAAAGUCUACAAUGCAGUCUUUGAAGAGCUCGAUGCGGGAGGAUGUAUUGGUAUCUUUCCUGAAGGUGGCAGUCAUGACCGGCCCGACCUGCUUCCAUUGAAAGCUGGAGUGGCAAUUAUGGCUCUCGGGGCCCUGGCCAACAACCCUGACUGCGGACUGAAGAUUAUUCCCAUUGGGAUGAACUAUUUCCACGCUCACAAAUUCCGGUCCCGGGCCGUCAUUGAAUUUGGGCAUCCCAUCGAAGUGCACCCCGAGCAAGUCGCAGCCUACAAGGCUGGGGAUCGGAGAAACGCGGUUGGGUCGCUUCUAGAGACUGUCUUUCAAGGCUUAGUGGCAGUGACGCAGUCCAGUCCAGACUACGACACUCUAAUGCUCGUCCAAGCCGCUCGGCGUUUAUAUAAUCCAACAGGCAAGAAAUUGCCACUACCAUUGGUCGUCGAACUCAACCGGAGGCUGGUCAAAGGUUAUACACAGUAUAAAGACGACCCUCGUGUGGUGAAGCUCAAGAAGGAUGUGAUUGACUAUAAUCGUCAACUUCGAGCAUUGGGGAUUAAAGAUCACCAAGUCGAAUGGGGCAAUGCUGCCAAACGCCCGUGGUGGUUGAUUCUCGGGACACUGCUGUACAGACUUGGAGAACUGCUGGUGCUAAGUGUUGGCACGCUGCCUGGUCUGAUGAUGUUUUGGCCAGUGUUUGUCACGACCAAAGUUAUCUCAGUCAAGAAAUCUAGAGAGGCUCUUGCAGCCUCGACCGUCAAACUACAGGGGCGGGAUGUUAUUACGACGUGGAAAUUGUUGGUGGCCAUGGCGUUUGCCCCAGCGCUCUAUGCGUAUUAUACCAUUAUCGUCACCCUGUGGUUGGUAUACAAUCGACGAGAUGGUUAUUACACUCACAGAGUACCCUGGUGGCUCACGGCAAAGACAUACGUGCCGAACUUUGUUCCGGUCUGGCUGUUCGCAAUCUUGUUUUUCAUUCUAUGCAUAAGUAUCACUUUUGCUGCAUUGCGAACUGGCGAAAUUGGUAUGGACAUUGUCAAGUCACUGCGGCCACUAUUCACUGCCCUAAGCCCCCGGUCAUCGAGUCGCCUCUCGAAAUUAGUAGAUACUCGGCAAAGGCUAUCUGCAGAAGUGACAGAAGUGAUCAAUACACUCGGCCCGGAGGUUUUCCCCGAUUUCGAUGCGGCUAGGAUUGUGGCCGACCCUUAUAAAGACGGGGCAUAUCAGUCAAGCUAUAAGACUAUGCCAGAUGAACCAAGAAUUACCGAAGCAACGGAACCCAGUACUCCUACGUCAAGUGGCUUGGAAGAAAGAUCUCCUAGCACUCCAACGGGAAAAUCAUUUGGUUUGUUGCCUCGCAACGAAUCAUUCGGCAAUAUCGCUGGGUUUGGAUUCUUUGCAUCACGACCCGCCACUCCCAAGACUCGAAGCCGUAGCAGUUCGGCAGGAGGGGCCUUGACAAUAGGGUCUUUCAAAGGCUUCAGCACUUUGGACGGCAAGGAGAGUUUUGACGAGGUCAGUAAGCGAAUUCGCGGGGCCAUGCGAGAAAGAGGCCGUAAACGCGGCGAAAGCGAGGGAGGGGAAACUGCAACAGAGAGCAGUUGGGACAUGGCAUCGGAUGGGCAGAUGACGCCAACCACAGAAGAUGAAGAGCCAAAGAAGGACAGGUGA